AUCAACCACAACCAUCCCCCCGGCUUGUUACACUUCAAUCGCUCGUUACGGCGUCCAAAAUGAAGAACAGGAAUAAGCAGACAAAGUUCCCGGUGGCACGAAUAAAGAAGAUUAUGCAGAAGGACGAAGAGGUUGGCAAAGUGGCACAGGCAACACCUGUCGUUAUCUCGAAAGCGCUGGAACUGUUCCUAGGUAUGCUUGUGGAAGAAGCAGCCAAAGUAACAAUGGAACGAAACUCGAAACGUGUCGAGUCAUAUCACUUAAAGCACGCUAUCGAGCGAACAGAUAUGCUAGACUUCCUGAAGGAGAUCGUCGUCCGCGUUGACGAUCCCUCUGCUGGUGGGACAAUCGAUAUCGAGGCAGAAAAGAACGAAGCAAAAAGACGGCGCUCUCAAGGUGCGCCACGUAAGCGAAGAAAGAAGAGCGCAGCCGGGGGUGCUGCUGCAGGUGAGGAUGAGGGUGAAGGUGAGAAUGCUGAGAACGCAUGGAUAAUGGAGCCAAACACCGCUGGAACGGGCACAGACGGGGAGGAGGAUGGCGGAGACACAGAUCGAGAUUGGGAGUGAAACGUUCCAGAGAGUGAUUUAUUACGAUCUUCUACCUUGUAUUAUCCAUAUACCAGAUACGAAGACAUAAUG